AAAGGUGGUGUAGGGCAAUUAGAGGCAAGUGUGUUUUUCUGCAGAUCAGAGCUCAGAGGAUCAGGACUGCAACUAGUAGUGCAUCUUUGGAGCUUGUUUUGGAUUUUAAAAGUCUUUUUUUUUUACUCUUUGCAGUGAAAAUGCUCGGACAAAUCAGGCUUCCUCUGUUUUAUACCGCAGAAACUACUGCCCUUUGUGUGCUUUAGUUCUUUUAUCAAUGUGACGCUCUGAAAACUUUAUUUUUGACAGCCUUUUUUCUCUAACCCAAGCUUCAUCCAGUUCCCCUCUGGGGCCUUAUUCAUUAGUAAGCUCACUCCUCUUCAUCAGGUUACACGCAGAGGCGCAGAGGAGCUACGUGACUGCUCUCAUUCUCAGCUGGGAGCGGAUGACUCGGAAAUUCCCGGUCAGCAUCUUUUUUCUCUUGUCAGAGUAGUUGGGGACUCUGGUUGGAAUGUUUUGUUGUGCGCAUCGGGAGCCAGGACCAUCUUCUAUUCGCAGACAUCACGAAAUGAAAGUCGGUUUUGUCAUCCAAACAGCGGUGGCGCUUUUUCUGCUGCUCUCACCUGCACAGGUAGGAAGUUAUAUAAAGAGAAACUUUAUACUCAGUAAGAAGAAAACGGGAUUUUUUGUCUUUAUAACUUGAAAACGGAGGGGUGGGAAGAUUUAACGCUCUGGUUUGAUUAUUGAGGUCUACUUUUAAAACGAACAGAGCCUUUUUCAGGAUAUUAACAAUCACAUUUUUAUUUGCAUUGUCUCAAAAACUUGACUUGACAGAAGUCUGUUAAAAAAGUGAUACGUCUUCUUUAGUCUUUGACCUCAUAGCGUUUUGAACGAGCUUCAUCCGGCUCCUUUCAUUCAUAAACUGAAACGUGACAAACUGCAUCCCUCCGCCUGCAUGACUUGAUGCAUAGUGACUCACUGUUAUAUUUGGCAGAGCGUGCUAAGCUUGUAAUUACAGACGCAUUAUACUUCACAAGCCAGUUUUACUGACAGGAAUUGCUCCUCUCCUAAAUGAUGUUAUCAUUAGCCCUUGUUGUCAGAGUAUAUUUCCAUCAUGAAACACGGAUUUCAAAUGCUGGUGGGAUAUUCUUUAAGCAAGGAACUCCCCCUGGAAAUUUGGGUGAUUAUAGUUUUGAAACUUUGCUGCUAAGAGGUUAGUAAACUUCUGACAGACAGAGUUGGCAGUGGAUCAAUUACAGCUGGCAGAGGAGUGUACAGUUUUCUUUGAUUUACUGCACAUGCCAGUUUGUUUUUAUCCCAGCAUAUCUGGAUACAUAAAGGCUGAUCAUAACAAUAAUGGCCCUAAGAUAGACCAGUGCAUGUGAAUGUGCAAAAACCAAACAAAUUGGAUUUCAGGCUAACCAUAUCACUGUCAGGCUGGCAGUGGAUUAACACAAAGCUGUUCUGUUCUCUUCUGGCUGGCACUGACUUGUGGUCUUCUAAUGAAAAAGCGCCAGAGCAGGACAAAGCUGAGAACUCAUUCAGAGACCUGUGCCACACUUGUUAGAGUAUGAGCCAUUGGACAGCCGGACAUGUGCCAAGUAACGCUCAUUCUCCUGCAUCCAUUCAGUCUCUGAAUUCCUCCCAAGGUGGCUGAGAGCUGGCAGUGAUUUGUGAUGGCUCUCAUGUUUAAUGCAGAGCCGAGCCAUUCACUGCAACUGUCAUACUUCAUGCAGUGUAGCUGCUGAAGUUUCUCUGCGGCACUUUUCUUUCUGCCAGACCGAGGUCCACAUAUAGAAAUAUCACACGCCAGAGGUUGAGAAAAGUUCCAGGUCCACACAGAUUCUCAAGCUGGAGACUUUUCAGCUGCUGCAAAGUUGAGAGUGAGUGGGAGAGGCACCACAUCUCUGCUAAUCCUGAUAAUCAGCUCAUGGCCUGCUCAGUCAAAAUAAGUGUGACAAAAUCCAGGGCCCUUCAUGAGGGGCAGGAGAAAUGACCCAUCGCUGCCCAGAAAACUGACCGGAUAUCCAAUACAGAAUCAUAUACAAUGUCAAGAUUCAUCAGCCUCUUAUCAAAAGUUUUCUUUGCUUUAUAAUGAAGUUAAAAACAGGACAUGCCUCAUCAUACCUCAGUAAAACAUCUUAUAUAAAGAUAUCACUCCAAAUUUAUCCUUCAAGCAACAUCAAAUUUGUGUUGACAAAUUCUGCCUCUUUUCAUAGAUGUAGGUCCUUCAGGCUUCCUCUGUAAGCUGCCAGACAGGAAAAAUCAAACUAAGGCCAUAUAGUCGAGCGUAAACCUCUGUCUUUGCAAUGUUGACCCAUGCCACUAAUUGAUAAUGAUGAUGUUCCCCAUUGUUGCAGCUGGAGUUGUCAACAGCUGCCUCGUGACUCAUCAAGUCAUUCAUAUCCUCUAUGAAUGCAUGUGGACAAGCGAGGGUGGGGUUGGUUUCAUGUGUUGAACAAUUCCUUUUUACUACAACAGAUUUACUGCAAAGGUGACUCAUUGCAGAUCUUGAUUGUGGUCCUCUUCCAACUUCAAGUGGAGUUUAUUGUAAAAGUACUCUAUUCAGCUUGUCUACUGGUGUCCCAGCAUCUCUGGGGUGCAUCUUUUAAAGGUUUGUUCACAGGUUUACCUUGUGGCUGUAGUCAUUUGUUGUUUGUUGUACUUGUUGUAGGAUCAACUCCUGGUCCAGCAUUGGGCCCAUGUCAUCCCCCGCCCUCUCCCCCAUCUCCUAUCUCUUUCAAGCUCUCUGUCAAAAAGUGAAAUAAAAGGCUUUAAAGUUAUCAUAUUCAAGAAAUGAAUAGCAUAAAAUCUUUCCUUAUAAUAUAGAAUACUAUGAAGUCAUCAUAAGGGUAAGACUUGUGAUACCGUAGGUGAAAAGGUCAAGAACAAGCAGCUACAUGUUGAAAUGAGGACAGCAAAUGAUGAGUAUGGGGAUUAUUCAUCUAGACGAGACUGUGUGCAUGUAUCAAACAUCACAGUCAAAAAGUAUCAGUCAACUUUGGUUUAGAAACAGUGUUUUGAAUUUAUCCAUGGAGAGCAGGAAAGUUGCUUCAGAAUCAUAAAGUCUUAUGUCAUCUGACUCGAAUCAUCCUGCCUUUUGUUUUCUUUCUCUGUCUGUUGUGGUUCACUCUUUUGACACUGUCCUGGACCCGUACAUGUCCCUUCAUAGAGGCUGGAAGCACCUGGGCUUCCCUUUUAAACAAUGCUAAACUCUUGGUCACCCUGUGUCUAACACUGUCUAAUGGAGAAUGUGAUAUAACAGCCACACCGCAUUAUUUUCCACACAUUCCUCAACACUUAACGGCCUGUUCAGUGCUUCAUUUGCCUACAAGACACACACACUGUGUAUGUACAGAGUGUGUGUUUGAAAACUGCAACUAUGUGUGCCAAAAUGUGCAGUACUUGUUGCCUCCUGCCCAAAGCACGAGAUUAUAUUAAAGUAAUGCAAGUGAAAUCCAGCUCCACCACAGCAGAGCCAAACGAGUUUAAUUAAGCGUUUCUAAGAGGAGAUACCUGAGUCACAUCCCAGGAAUCAGGUUUCCAAAAAUGUCCAGUGAAGAAAAAGAAUUCAAAACCUCUUUGGUAUGAGAUCAUGACAUUUUUUAGUCUUUUUGUCGGUAUCAAACAGAACAUUUUCCUCGAAUAAGAAUGUGUGUACUGGAAAGGAAAGACUUCCCGGCAGACACAGCAUCUUUUGCUAUUCAAAUGUAUGUGUGCGUGCGUGCAGCAGUGGCAGUGGAGGAUGGGGGGCAUGACGUUGCACAGGUGUUUCCUUUACACCAGCAGCAAAACAAUACUUGAGCGUAACCAUCUGUAACACACACGUCUGUGGAAAGUGAGUGUUUUUCUAAACCUUGCUUAGAAAGCUAAAUGUAAAUGGCUGAGUAGAUUUCUAACAGUCAUAGAUAAGACGUAAAAUUAUACAAAUGAAAAGAAAACAUCAGAUGAAGAUGUCUUACAAUUUAAGAGCAACAGUUUUGGUCAAGCUGUGGCUCCAUAAUCAACAAUGAGAAGUCCAAGAGUCAAGUCUCGCUCUUUAUUAUUACUACCUCAUAUGUCUGUACGCUGAGCCAGAGGCUACAACUGUAGUGACCUGCUGACUGAUAAGGCCCUUUUUUGUCUUGUUUUGGUAUUUCUCUCUAGUUGUAAUGUCCUGACCCAAGGGAAGGUCGCAAUUGCAAUCAGGAAAUAUGGAUUUCUCCUUCCUCUAGCAGAGGAGGAGGAGGAGGAGCGGUGGCGCUCGGGGCAGCCGUCUGCUCAGCAAGCUUUAAUCUCCCAUCUGGAUAUAAUUUACUGUGGUUUACACAGGGAGAGCAGCGUUUACUGUAAUAGAGACCACAAUUACCACCGGUCAGCCUUAUCUCAAGACCUGUGUCGUGUGUGUAUGUGUAUUGUGGACAGAGCCGUUUAUGACAGUGGUUGUGUGUGUGUGUUUGUGUGUCUUUGGGGGACAUUUGUGCGUGCAUUAAUGGACUUACACUGAGGAAAUAGUGCUUAUCUAAAUCAACAUUUAUACAAACCUUUACCUCUCCUGGUCAGUAGACCAUAUUAAGUUUGUUCAAAGACUCCCAGAGGUUUAGUUUGUUGUUUCAGAUAUUCGACUACCUCUCAAAGAAAACAUGACAUCUUGUAAUGUUUCCAAACUUACCACAUGAAUUAAAUAACAUUUAUCGAGAAUAGAAAGGCAAGUCAAAAGAAAUAGCUUUACAUUUGAAAGAUUUACUCAUCCAUAAAUAACAAGCCACUAUUUAUGUAUAAGAAGGAGCCACAAGGCAGUUAGCAUAGGAGAGCAGGCAACAAUAAAGUAGCCUAAAAAAUGAUGAGUAGGACACACACAUACACACAUCAGCCCAUUAGCUAGCCUCCUGUCAGGCUUAGUAAGGGAUCCCAAUCAUUUUGUAUAACAUAAUCAAAAGAUAACAUAAGCAUUUAGUCACCUCUUGGCUAACACAAGAUAGGACGUGGCUUAUAUCAACAUCAGCAGUUCUCUAGGGGAAGCUAAUUUGUCAUGACAUCUGUUGUUUGAACUACGGUCCAAAUUUCCCUCCAAAUUGUAUCGACUCAAUGACACAGCGCUUGGCUUUUCAUCAUGUUUCUCUCAAGUUGCCACAGUUUUAAUACAGUACCUUUUACAUCUCAUUUGGGUGGAUUGUGUUAGCUUUAGACUGAACCAAGAGAGCUGCUAGCCCACUUGAAACCAACUGGCAUUAAGUGCCACUUGAAAGUUAGUGCCCUUAUUUCUUCCAAAUGAGUUACUCCAAUGUUUUGUUUUGUUUUGUCAUGGUCAUAAUGUAUUGUUCGACUUCUUUCAAAGUUGUUUCAAAGUUGUACACUCACUCACUCACAUUUGUUUAUUUAUGCUACUCCGUGGCUUUAAGCCUGUGUGACACACAAACCAAAAGUGUGUCAGUCCUCUAAUCUGUAGAGUAACUCUGGAUUUCAAAGGCUCCAUUCACCCCAGAUUACUUGACAGAUUGUUGUGGCACAUUUACCACACGCUCUGUUGAAGUCUGUUGGUUUUUUGGCAGAGCUCUGUGAUCACAAGGCCUGACCUGACCACCCCCGGAGACCCAGCUGGAUACUGUCAGGGCUGUAAUAGCACCGCUGUCGUUGCGGGUCCACCCAGCACGUGUAUACUAAACAGACCAACGCUUUCUUUUGUAGUGGUGGGGAAAAGAUACAGUGACCUGCAGACCCUCAUGAGAGGCCUGAGAAUUAAUGUCACCGUCAUGGUGUUGGUGAUGUGGAAUCUGGCUCCCGAUAAAGGAUGGAUGAGGAGGGUCAGCGAGGCAGGGUGGUAGCUCUGUUUUCUCACUUGUCUAGCUGUCUCUGUGUUUGUAUUCACUUGUUCUGCUUUAGUGCUCUCUGUCCUGUGUGGUCCUCUGCUCACAGUACAUAAAGCUUCAGUCGGACCAAAGCCAUGACACAGUCCCCUCUGGCCUAUAUAUUUUUUAGGAAGUAUGGGUGCAGUUGUUUUGCUGGUUUCACUUCUUUUCUCCUGUUUAUCCCCCUUUCUCAUCACCAAGUGUGUUCAAAAGUAACUUACACUGAUAAUAAAAACCACAAGUUUGCAGAAAGUUGUUUAUUCCCCUGACCUGUCGUCUCAGUAAGUUUGCCCCCAUAAUCCCAAAGAUGGCAGUCAUUGUAUUAGAAAUGCUAUCUGUAAACAAGGACGGCAUGCAACAAGCAAAAGUUGGAGCUGACUCUGACUCUGAGAGAAGCAGGAUUUAUACUACACGCUCACCUGUCAGUCAAAUCAGCCAUGAUCCUAAGUAUACCCAAUUAUGUAGAAGUCAUAGCCUUAAUAGCCUUAGUAUGGAUGAUUGAAGAAAUGAAAGUCAUCUUGAUACAGUUUUUUGGAUUAAAGAAAUAAGAUGUCAAGAACAAACCAUUUUGUAUCAAAACUGUUGCAGAACUGUUGCAAAAAUUUCAAUACGAGCCCAGAUAAACUCCAGUUUUUGUACCUCUGUACUGGCAUUAUUAUUCAACACUGGAGGUUGGCACUUUGUGUAUUCCCAUUGUCACCCUCACCAAAUAAAGUCUCUGGAGAGCAAUGUAAGCUGCUGUGUAAAGUCAAUUAUGGUUGAAAUACAUAAAAGAGAGGAUGGUUUUUCCAAAACCUCAACCAGUCUUUCAUAAAAUGUUUUCAUAUUUAAUUUUGUGUCCUCAUAAAAGUGAACUGAGUGGGAUCUCAGUUUGUCAGAGUUUGAAAACUGAAACUACAGCUCUGGAGCUGAAUUUCACUUCCUCUUCAUCAAUAAAAGUUUGCCAACAGGAAAAGCUCUUUUUAUUGUUCCCUAACAAAAAGGAUGCAACCAUCAAAAAACGUGAGGCAGUUCUUGUGUAAUAGUGGUGUAAGCUGCUCCUCAGCCAGAUAUCCCAGCUGCCAAAGAACAGCUGGACAACUGCUGCUGGUUUUGAGGCUUGGAAACACAAACUCAUUUUUAUGAAGGUUUGUCACUGAGUUUUUCAAACAAUUUGGCAUUUUUCUUUACCAACAAGCCAGUUAACCACAGAAAGUCUGAUAAAACAUCCACAACCAUUGAUGACGGUCCACUAUGAAGAAUCAAAUAAUACCAAGAUUUAUGUAGAGAUCAUGUUUUGUAUGGACAAAGACACAUUUGUAUUAUAGUACUCAGGGGGUCCAUUCUUGUACUCUGAAGCUUCAAAUUACAAUAAAAUCUGAUUGUCUUUGAACACUUUAAAGUUAAAGGAAAUAAUCUCAAGUGUUAAACUCUUUCAUUUCUUUCAAACCAAAGGAGAAGCAAGACCAGAAUGACUUAAUCCGGUUAUGCAUCAUUUUCCUGUUCAUUCACCCAGGAGAAGCUGUUCUGUCCUUCUAGGUUGAACAGGCAAAGAAACUUUGUACAAUCUGAAUCAUUUCUUCUCUUCUUGCGUGAGUCUCCAUUUCCCUUUAUGGAACGCAGAGAUGUAUCCUGGCUGUGGUCCAGAUCUUUUUGGCUUUCAGCCAUAGUACCUGCUGUUGAAUUGCCCAUGGGCCCCUUCCUCAGCGUGACCCCCAGAGCUAAAAAUCCUUUAUGACCAUUAUGCUGGGUCUCCAUCAAGUUUUGUUUUUGCUCCCUACACAUGCUGCCCUUCCUCUGACAGACAGAGUUAAGCAAAGAGGUUAAAGAUGACACAGUUCAGCUGUGUGGGAGUGGAGAGUAAUGAGGCCCGGAGCCUCUGUGGCCUGACAGCAGGAGCCCAGAGACACAACAGGUCCUCCGAUGUGACCCAAAGGACGAAGCAAACUCAGAGCAGCAGCAGCAGCAGUGAAAAUACUUUGAGGGACUUUAGAAACAGAAGAGACUGUUUUUACUGAUAGCUUCAACGGAACCCCUUUCACCCUGCAAAACAUUCUGGUCAAUGCACAGCAAAAUCUGAUGACUCUUGUUACACACCCACCAUCUAAGUUAUCCAUCUACAGUGAUUUCUGCAGUGGAGUUUUCUGAUGCAAGGCGAGCACUGGAAAGAUGCAGCAUUGUAAAAAUGAAAGUCUUGAAGUCAUUACACAAGUAAAAGUGCCAAAAGGCUAGUUAUAAUUAAGUUUAAAUGCAAUAUUUCCUUGCCUUUCCACUCCUCGCAUGAUAAUUAAAAACUCAUGAUUCCAGUAGUGGCAUGGCCAUGAAAAAUGGACAACGCCUUAAGAUUUUCAGUGACGUUUGAUAACAAAAUAUCAAGUUCUUAAUGUGAAAAUUUAGCCUCAUAAAUUAUUUGUUGAGAAUGAAAUAGUCAGCUUCAGGCAGGGGAUUUUACAGCACCUUGGCCGCAUCAUUAAUGUUUGUGAUUAUAUAAUUUUAAAAAGGUACAAGAAGAAUGACUUCAAGCUGAAACUUAUCAACAUCGCAUGAUUUUAUUUAGCCUUUUACACCCUGGUGUUUUUUGUAUUUCUGUUUUCAGGCUGUUUUUUGUGUACUUGGCUUUUAAUCCAAUAUUAGCAGCAGGAUACUUAUGCAAGAUUUCCCAGGAUAUCAAAACUGCAAUAUUCUGAAAAGUUGAAAUGUUUUCCUGAGGUCGGGGUAGUAUGAAUUGUUUGUUUGGUAAUCAUUUCACAGUAAGUUUUCUGAAACCCAGAUGUUGGAUACAAUGCAUAGCGCACACAGCAUGCCUAUUGUUAGCAAAUAACAGAAGAAUUUAUGCCAGGUCACGUCAAGUCGACCCUCUUUGUGUAGUGCUUAAUAACAGUCAGUCUCAAAGGUCUCUACACCCACAUAAUAAAAAUAACAAAAGAAAAUGACACAGAGUACUGAGGGGGAAAUUUCAUAGGAAAGAUCAUAAGGACAGAAGGGAAAGAAACCCAGAAAGAUGUACAAAGAAAUCAGCCUCUUCAGGGAUUUAUGAGACAACUUUAUGCUCUUUUAUUGAUGUAAAGAGGUUCCUCCUUCCCGUCCAAGUUGAGUUACCUCCAAGCCACCAUAAAUCACCUAGAGAUGCUGUAAACGGCUACGUGAUGAUCCUCAUGCAGCCCUUUUUUUUAAUCUGGCAGCUCCUCAUGGGCAGCUCGCUCCUUUGUUGUUAACCACAGAAGGUGCCAGCGAUUCUUCCCCGCCAUGUCAAAGCUUAACCCACCUCUGAAGUCACAAAAUCCUCCCAUACCUCACCACAAUUUUUACAGGCAAUGGAGACCAGAGCCAAAAGGCCUUGUGAUGUGAAACGGCCUCAUGAACACUUACAGACAAGAGGAGAGGGGGCAGAUCAGAAGGCAAUUAACACUUGAAAAAGGAUUUGUUUUAUCCACCUGGCAUAACUAGAGAGAGAGUGAAAUCUCUGUGCUAAAGAGAGGAACUGACUUUUUAACAGCAGCUGAAACUGAACUGAGACUUUCCCAUGUUUCACAAAGAGUAAAUUCUCCCUAUUUCGCGGUUGUAAAGCUCAAACAGUCCUAAGAGAUGUCUCUAUAGAACAAGCCCUCUGUCAGAGGAGCAGCUGUACAUGUUGGCCCGAUGACCAACCACUUUCAGAGAAAUGGGAGAUCUCUGAACACAUCUGCCAACACAGGGAGGACCGAUCUCAAGUGUUUGACUGGAAACUCUUUGCAUAUAGUCUAUUACGGAGAACAAUGAGCAUUUCGAAGAAGACAGAUCCAUCCCCAAAACUCUUAUCUGAGUGACAGCUGAACAGAAACCUCUGACAUGUUUGUGUGACAGUGAAUGCAUCAUCAUUCUCAAAGCAGGACAUUCCUCUUUAAUCGCAUUGUUUGGAAGAAACAGGCGACUGUAGCACUGUGCUGACAGAUGCUAUCUUCACACUCCAACUAAUUAAGGCUCAGAACAAGAAGCUGAUGUAUUUAGUAAUGGAAAAAAACAAAGUGAGUUUCUUUUUUCCACUGUCAUUCAGGAAAGUCCUGUUUGCAACAACUCAGCUCAGCUUUUAAACAACCUAGAAACAGACAGGAUUGAGGUGGGCUUUUGGCUGUUUAGCUAACUGCUACAUCCCACCCACCUUACAGUUAACUCAGCUGAGCUCUUUGUAGAUGUGCAAAACAAUGAGCUGUACGUGAUUAUAACUGGUGAGGUCUUAAAGUGGUGACCAGAACUCUUUUUUGAAACCAGAACAUGUUUGACUUUACUGUGUAAAUGAACUUUUUACACUGGUGUCAUAGUGAACAAGACCUUGACAUAGUCUCAGUGAUGGAGACUCGUUGGUUUCUGAGGUGGAGUUUUGAGGCCUGUUGUCAGUGGUUGCCAUUUUGGAAAUGUUAACUCAAGCUAACUUUGGGUCAACCUAACACAAGCCAAAGUUAAGUUGAGACAGGCCUUUAGCCGCUUCACUUAGCUACCUGGUAAAACUAAACAUAUUUUCAAGCUGCAAAUGUGUUCAUUUCUGUUCUGCAGAUUGGCAUUUUAUGAAUUAAUGUGUUCAUAGCUACAGGUGUUUUUGCAACCAGUCUCAAGUGAACACUUAAGGAAUUAGAGCAUUUUUCACUUCCACAUUGGUUUCCACAGGUUAAAAUGCUUGACAGAAGAAAUCAACAUUUUUCUGCCUGGUUAAAAAUAAUGUUUUGACUCGUGUUGGUCAUUUCUUUCUUCUUGCAUUUGGCACAGAGGGUAAGGUUGUAAUUUUUUAUCUAAUCUCCCUGUAAUGACAAUAUAAAAGUUUAAAGAUCUACAUAUAUCACCAUGAUUAAAGGCACAGCUGGGUUGACAGACAGGUGGGCGUGCUGUAGCUGUCCAUCAGGAGAUUAAAAGCCUUCCUCGGCGCCACCUCACUGCCACUGAACCAAAUGUUAUUGGAUUGAGUCAGCAUUUCUUUGUAAUAGCUGGCCUUAAAACCAAUCAGAAACCAUUAAGUGAUGAAAUAUAACAUUUGUAAGAAAAUACACUAAGGCGAUCAAUGAAGAAACUUGACUCGAGAAAUUGUACUGGAGCUUUGAAAAGGAUUAGGGUAUUGAAGUUUUGCUAUUCAGAUCAGAUAAGUCUGAAGAGUUUCAAACAGUAGGCUGAGAAACCUUUAAAAGCUUUUCAACAAAUGGCUCAAUGUCCAACAAAUAAAAGCAGACCUCUGGAUUUACCCUCUCAGGUUGUCUGCUGGUAGUCCAGCUCUUCUGCUUCAGGGUGUUUUAUCUAACCUAUGCUUCCCGUCCCCAGAUGGAGUCAACUCGAGGUUUUGCGUUUUCCCAGGCCAAUGAGAAAUGUACUCUGUUUAUCAUGGAGUGAUGGGAAAAAUCAAGUAGGAAUAGGGGGAGGCCAUGAAUGGGAAAACAAAUAUAGAGAUGAAUCUUACACCACAGGAAACAGAUUUUGAACCUAAACAGUUAGUGCACAAAGGAACGUGAUAUAUAUGAGAGAGUGGAUCUGCUGCUCGUCACGAUGGAAAAAGACAGUGUGAUCAUCUGCAUUAUAUCACUGUAGUUCCCCUCUUUACCACUAGGGGACAAAGACUCAACUAUUUUAUUUGAAGGUUCAUGUUGGUUUUAUUCAGAAAAUACUCUGAGAUGAGUGUACUAAGGAUGUUUAAGGUGUAAUCAUGUCAUCUUACCUGGUUUGAGUUAGUAAUCAUAAGUUUUUAUCUGUGUUGAAAUAGCCAUAAGAUGGAGUUUGGGCCUCUAGAAAACAACUUUUGAAUGACUUUUUCCUCUGUUUUACAGAGUCUACCCUUGCCAAGCAUAAACAGUACAGCUCAAGGUAAGAAUAUCUACUCGGAAAUUUUGUUGAAAUCCUCUUUUAAAAAAUUGUGGGGCAGCAUGAGAGUUGACAAAAGUUCCUUGAAAAAAGCAGUUUCAACCAUUUUGUUAAGCUUGAGGUGCAAAUGUGUGUAAGAGUGUGUUUUGUGGUUCAUAUUAGCGUCUAAUGCAGACCAGAAAAAAAUCAUCCAAACGUCAUUUAAGUACUGCUGAACUUUAGUCAUGCAUAUUGUACUUGUCACGCUCUGUUUAGAUAUAUAAUCCAGGAUUAUGCAAGUUCAGUAAAAUUCCUCUGUAAUUUCAUAAUAGCUUGAUUUGUCUGGACUUGAAGAUAUUACUCAUUUACUGGCUGAUUAAUGCAGCUAAAGGAGAUAUAAGUAGAAAGUAAAAGAACUUUUGUAGGAGUAGAGGAGGUACAAAAGGCCAUACUAUCAGUCGAUUUACACUCAGCUGAAGGAGCUGUAACUGGUCAGUGAACUGGCCUUCUGGCCUCAUCUCUCUGUUGGAGCUGCUUCCCCAGCCAUCUCCUCCCAGCCUGUCUGCUUUUAUAAACAGCUGUUGUGCUGUCAGGCUCCAUUCAGUGACCUUGGGGGUCACCACAGUCCCAGAGGUGCCUGCUGGGCAGCCCAGCUCCAGCUCCUCCAGAGCUCUGUUCAUGGCCAUGUUUCCAAUGUUUGUUUUCUCUUCCUUCUCUGUUUGUUCUGCCAUAGUCGUCCCUGUUCCUCCCCCACAGACCGCACAACUGGGACACUUUUACACAUAUACUCCCACAGGAAAGCAUACUGUACAUUAAACAAACAUUUCUACUUCAAAAUGAAAACAGGAUACACAGUGACAUAUCGCAACUGGUUUGAUGUUUCAGUAUAAAGUUGCUUUUGUUGGAUUAUUAGAGUAAUAGCUGAUGUUCUACUUGUACUGUACAUCACUAAUAACAGUGUAGUUUGACUGAAAAGUCAAUUUUAAGUAAGCUUCACACAGAAAAACCAAAGUAAGUUGCAUCUUAACUGUAAUUUGCUUUAUGAAGGUGAGAUAGAAAUACACAUGUGGACUGGAGGCAAAUAUUAAUUUUGUCCACCUAUAUUUCCUUCUGUCAGAGUAACUCAGCCCCCUUCUUGCCUUUAUUUAGUGUUAAUGUUCCAAGAAGUGUGGGGUCGUAGUUUCUGCCGGACCAUUGAGAAGCUGGUGGAGGUGGUGCAAGAGUACCCCUCAGAGGUGGAGCACAUCUACAGCCCCUCCUGUGUGCCACUGGUGAGGUGUGCAGGCUGCUGCGGGGAUGAAAAUCUGGAGUGCCAUCCCACCCGCACCUCAAAUGUCACCAUGCAGGUAAGAUGAGCAGUUGUUAAAAUUGAGUGAUCUAUGACUUAAAGUGCCGUCGUAGUGUAUAUUGACAUUUUAAAAUGGCUUUAUUCUUUAGCUGUUGAAAAUUAGGCCAUCAGAGCCGGACCAACAAUAUGUAGAGAUGACAUUUGUGGAGCACCAGACAUGUGAAUGUAGGUAAGAAACAAGAAACAAUUUGUGACUGAAGAGUAUUCAAGUACCAACUCUGUCUCCUAGUUUGAUGUUGAUGACUGUGAUAACAACUUAUGUCUUCAUUAGCCUGGAAUUAGUCUAGGACCUUUUCUUGUCUUUGAUUUUAACAUGGCUUAAAAGCAGACACUAAACUUCCUCUGAACAUGUGAUGUAGCAUCAGGCUGCCAUGCCAAGUGGCAACAUUACAAGAUUUAGUCAUCAGCUGACUCCCAUAUCUGCUUAUUGUCAGAAGUAAGGGUAAAGGAUUGCCUAAAUAGAUGCUGACAUGUUGCACUGAUGCAACAUAGACCUGGCUAGUAGAGUCAGAGGUCUGACGUCACACCCUUUCCGAUCAUGCCUACCAAUAAAAUGUCAAAGAUCCCUCAGGUCAGUACAGUCCGUAGCAGAACAGAUAGUAAUAGUAAUUUGACGUAGGCAUUUACCACUUAGACAUAAAUCAACAUAAUAAGAAGUGACUGAAGCGAAAGAAACAAUGUUGGACAAAAAUCGCUCUGAUGUGAAUUUAAAUUCUGUAACUUGACUCAUGUCCAAUCUUUUAACAUGAGAACAGACUUCAUAGCUUGUUCUGCAGCCGAUCAGCGGGAAGAGCUCUGAGUCUCUUGGCCUCAGUGAACACUUAUGAACACAACAUUUUUAUACACAGUCUAUGCAUUUAGUAGCAAAAAUAAUCACAAUGACUUUGUCCCCCAUUUUCCAGAAAGAUAAACCUCUGUUGGCGUGUUAUUAAGAUACACCAAUAUGUCAAUGAAUCUCUAUGAUCAGUGACUAUUGGGGUGCAAAUGGUUUGCUUGGGUUCAGAUUUUUUCAUCAUUUUUUCUGUUUGUGUGUUGAAUGAGUUGCAAAUCUCCAUUAGUCGCAUCCUUGGCGUGUAUAAUCUGCCUAAUUCCCACUAUUCGCUCCACUACAUUCAGGUAAUUUGUGUCACUCGACAAGAACUUGUGUCUAUUACUGUCUCCAAACUAACUUUCAGUCUGCUUUAUAACUACUUAGAAACCCCUCACUGGAGCUUUAACAUUUUACUGCUGUUGCAUUUGAUUGAAAGCAUAUUUUGAAAGUUGUCAUAAGCAGCAGUCAUCUUGAUUGUUUAAAAAAGAACCUUAACUUCUCUUCAAUGUAGAUAGCUAUGACUGGCUUAUUUGAGUCAGGUCAAAUUGAAGUCAUUUGUCAUUUGAGCAACUUAUACCAUUAUAGAUGAAAUAUAAGUUUAAGGAAUUUGCCGCCUAGGAUUGAAAUGUCAGGCUAUAAACAACACAACAAUAACAACCUGUACAAUGUCAGAAACUGAAACUAGCAACCUUUUUGUGUUUUAGAGCUUGAACCCAAGCACAGAACAUUGCAAACCCCAGUCUGUAUGUUUUUGAUUUAUAAAAAGGACAAAAAACCUACCACCGAAAGCAAAUGAAUAAAGUCAAGCUUUGCUUUCCAUCCUAUUUGCCAAAACAAGUCAGAGGUCCUUCAACAAAGAUUCUAGGAGACAGGGUUGGCUAAUGAUUAUUUUAUAAUGUUGCACCUGGAUGUCAUUGCUGAUUUCUGUCUCAAAAUUUGUUCUCAGAGUCAGGAAACCUAUUGUGAAGGUUGAAAGGUAUGAAUAAUGAUCUUUUCUCAUAAGUUUUGACAUGAUUGAAUAGCGCAGUAAUUGUCCAUGUCAGAGAACGAAGGCUAAUCAUUGAUUCAUUGUUCAUUUUGCAGGAAAAGACAAAGAGGAAGGGGACGGAAGAAAAAAGAGAGACAAAAAACAAAGGAAUGUGAAAGGUGAUUACAGAAUCCUGGAGGACAGAAUUUAGGUCAUGAAUAAUACAACAUAACUUUAAUACUGAGUUGUGUUAUUAUUUCUUUAUUUUAGGUGCCAGAUCCCUCGCAGGUAACUGUAGUGGUGACCAAACUCCCUGCAGCAGUGCAGCUCAUGAUUUUCUACCAACUCAACCCAGUGAAAGCAUCCUGAGUCUCUUCUGCUCAUCCACCACCUCUACCACCACUGUGUCUGCAGUUAGAGACUCAAACUGCUGGGUUGUGUUGCUGACACGCCCUCCUGCUAAUGGGCUGGGAGUUUGUAAUGACAAGCUUCAACAGGAAGUGUGUUUUGAUUGGUGGAUACACUGCUGUUACAGACCUGACGCAAUGGACAUGCCUGGGAGCCAGUGCAAUGUAGAACCAAACAGACCGAUGCCUUCUUUUUUAUAUUACUGUGUCAAGCUUGUAAUGUGGUCAUUAUGUUGGUAUUUAAAGGUGGUUACACGUUUUUAAACCUAUAUUUAUUAAUACAAUAAAAAAAUGGACCAGUAUUUUCAAAAAGUUUGUUCAAACAUUAUGAAGAAGACUUUACCUGUCACAGCAGCAUUCAGUAUGUUGCAAAUGUUUUGUACAAGAAGUCAUGAAAUGUCGCCCUCUAGUGUUUUUGAAACAGAGUUCAGAACCACUGUACAUGAUGACAUGAUGUCUUUUUUAGUAGUAUAAAUAGGAUUAGACUCAUUGGAGUGUCUCUAGUCACCCAGCCAUAACAGGGCUUAUAGACCUAUUAGUUAUCUGACAAUUUCAACAGAGUAAAGAGUAAUUGUACCUUUUUUCAACUCAAGGCAUGGCCAAAGAUGUUUUUAUACAAACAAAUAACUGUGAUGAAAUAUUGCCAGGAACCUGGAUUGUUCUUCAGGAUCCUUCUUUCUCUCUCUCUCUAUUGUUCUGACGGGUUUGAUACACUGUUAAUUAUACCUGAUUUAAAGUCUAACCAUUGCUGAAUUCUUCCUGGGUUUAAAAUGCAGUUUUUGUGCCAGAGGCUUUUGCUUCAGGACUACAAGGAACUGCAAGAGGGAGCUUUUAAAUGACACAGACACACAUCCAUUUAUCUUAAAGCACAGAAACACAGAAAGUGUAUAUGCUCAACAGGGAUUAGAAGAUCAAUACAACAGUAAUCAAUUGCUCAUUUGGUAUUGAUCCCAAUUUAAGAGUUUUGACUAUAACAUUAUUUUGUUUUUCUUAUGUCAGCACAAAGUUCUCACAGUUGAAUAUUUUCUUGUAUUGUUUGUUUGAACAGCUAGGAUUUGUGUCGAAUCCAGCAACACAGACUAACUUUAGCCCACAGCACAGGUGUCCUCUCUGUCUUUUUCUGGAAACACUGCAGGCUAAGGAAGAGAUCAAUUGAAAUAGUUACGUAAAACAAUGGGGGUUUUAUUUGUUUAUUUGAUGGUUAGUCGCUGUGUUUAUUUUGGUUGUGUUUGUUUUGUGUGUACUACACAAAGAAAAUCUAUGAAAAUGUAAAAAGUAAAUUUUCUAUUGUGUUAGUAUUUUUAUUUCAUUUCAGUAUUUAUUUUGUAAUUAAAUUGCAAUGGUUGACAGCUUGAAA